GGGCCUUUGCAUCCCCCCCUUAGUUUAAGUGAGGGCGGAAGAUGGCGGCCGCCGGGACAGGUCCAGGGGUUCCAGAUGGGGAACCGGAGGGGUCAAAUCGCGAUCGCAGUGCUUUUGAAUGCAACAUCUGCCUGGAGCCCGCCAGAGAAGCUGUCAUCGGCCUCUGCGGCCACCUGUACUGCUGGCCUUGUCUUCACCAGUGGCUGGAAACACGGCCUGAGCGUCAGGAAUGUCCUGUGUGCAAGGCAGGCAUCAGCCGGGACAAAGUCAUCCCUCUUUAUGGGCGUGGCAGCUCUGCUCAGCAGGAUCCCAGAUUGAAAACUCCCCCCCGACCUCGAGGGCAGCGCCCGGAGCCUGAGUUGCGAGCGCAGGGCAUCGGCAGUUUUCCUGAAGCAGCCACAGGCUUCCACAUGGCAUUUGGCAUUGGCGCGUUCCCCUUCAGCUUUUUUGCUACGGGCUACAGCACCCCAGGAGAAAGAGCAGAUACAGAUGCGGCUAGACCAUCAAGCUGGCAGGAUUCAUUAUUUCUUUUCAUUGCCAUCUUCUUUUUCUUCUGGUUGCUCAGUGUCUGACCUGCUGGACCCCACUGAGCUUAACCUGUACUAAAGUCUACGAGAACUGAACAAAAGGACUUUGAUAUUGCAGGGGUGGGUUGGGGGGGGGAGAACAGUUUUCGGGUGGGUGGACUUGCUUGCUGAAUGCCUAGAAGAGGCAGGAGGGGGUUAAUACUGUAUGGUGGGGUGUAAUCUGGGCAGGGCAAAAACUCUCUCCCCCCUUUUUUUCCUUCAUUCCCCCCCUCCUCCCAAGAGAAUUAAAACCAUAAUAGGGCUGCUUCUUCAACAGGUAUGCAAAUGGUUGUUUAUACACAACCCCAACCUAAUUAUGGAUUGAAUGGAGAGUAGGUAUGCUAGAAUGAUCAAGGAUAGAUUAUUUCCAUUCUCUUCUUCAAAGAAAGGUCUCAGGUGUGAGGGAAAUCUCAAAGUCAGUGGGGAAGAGAGGAGCAAGCUGGAGGAAGCACGCAGGAGGAAGGAUGGGGCCUGGUGCAUUUCCCCCUUUUUCCCCUGCUUUGGCUGCAAUCAUGAUAGCAUUUGCUCCUCAACUGGCAGGCAAGCUGCCUGUUGGGCAAAAGUAGCUAGACCGAGCUCUGUGUCAAAGCGCACUAAUCAGGGAAAGGGGUUUUGGUGGGCAAGCAAGGUUUGGGCGGGACAGAUUCUAUUGCUUCUCUUGCUUCUCUUGCCCCAGAGAAGAAGCAGGGGGAGGGGCCCAACUUGUUCAGCCUCCUGCCCCAGAAAGUGAUUGUGCGGAGGGGCACAAAGGUAUUCAAAAGUGGAAGGCAGGGAAGGAGAAGAAUGGUUGCAGGGACAAGUUAAACCUGCUGGUUGGUCCCACAAGGAACUGGCUGCAUAUACUUUUAACUUGAGGCCAGGUGAUUCCCCAGAGAGCUUCUCUUGGCUAUUUUUUUGAUAGGACAAACUGCCAGAGUUUUGAGAAUGUACAGUAUGUGCUAUUGUGGGUAUUUUCCCCUCUCCCUCCUUCCGUCUGAGGAGGGCUAUUAAUCCCUUACUACUCUGUUGGAGUCACGCAAGGUCCUGAGAUGGGGAUGCUUGAUGUUGUUAAUUCUCCAUCCACCCAUCUCCUGCUCUUCCAACAAUGUUGGGAAAUGUUUGGGGUUAAUGAGGGGAUGGUUGACCACUGGACAUCUUAAGUCUUGAAUAACAGUAUUUUGUGGCCCAGAAGUUGCUUGGAUAAUGAUUUCUCCCUCCCUUUGAGGUGACAGAGAAGGAAUGUGAUGUCAGUUAACCAAUGCUUUAAUUAAAUUCACCCAUGAUUCCUA